AUGGCUGUGAACCCGGGCUUUCCGGUGAUGUGGACCACUAUCCACGACAAGCCGGGCUAUGAUGAUUUUUUGGAGUUGGAGUACGAUGAGAUGCCGCGCGACGAGUUCGGCGUGCCGGCGCACAUCCCGCCGGAGAUCUCCACCACGAUCCGUCACACCUACUACAUCCCGCCCCAGUACUACCCCUUCCUGAAGAAGCUGGGCGAUGACACCCCUGAGUUGAAGCCCUGGAUGGACAAGUUGAUGAACGGGGAGAUGACCUUCGAUGAUUAUGAGGAGAUGUUCUACCAGUUCGCCAAGCCCUUGAAGAUCCAUCGGCCCCUCAUUCCAAUGCCCUACCGUUCGGCCGAGGAGAUGAAGAAGAGCGAGGAAGUGGCGUGGGAAGGCGCCUGGCUAUCCUUCCGCCAGCGUGUCUUGGGAGACUACACUUCCAGGCACUACUUCCGCGACUUCGUUGGUGGCAUGGGUGUUGGAAUCUUUCUGGCCUGGAUCUAUGUGCAGGCGCAUCGCCAGUACCGCAUUGACAUGAAGCUCUUCUAUUUGGAGGCUCCUGAGCUAUUCUUUGCAGUGGAAGCAGUUCCAAGACGAGUUAAAUGUUGGGCCCGGGAUUGGGACGGACUUUAG